GUGAAGUGCUAAGCGAGAGAGCGAGAGGGUUUUAUUUUCCCGUGAACUGUCAAAAUUGCAAAAAGAAUUUUUAUUUUAAGCCGUAGCAGAUAAAAACGAAUCAAAUCGAAAAAGUGCAGAUAUUUUUUUAAUUAGAUAUUUUCGUAGAUAAUAAGUUGGUAAUCUGACAAUACCGAAUACGCUUUAGGUCAUAGAACCUAAUCAAAUUCUGAGUACUUGCGUGGCAAAGUGAGACAGUGUUGAGGAAUAACACACAAUUAGCUGUAUUGUAAAUAACACUUGCGCCCAACAUCAUCUGUAAGACACAUACAUCAAUUAUGUUUAAAUUGAAAAGUUGUGCGGACUUUUGUUUACUCAGCUUUCUGGCAUUUAUAAGUGUGACACAAGCUGUUGAAUUCACAUUCGACUUGGCAGAUGGAGCGGAAGAUUGCUUUUUCGAAGAAAUAAAACGUAACACCACCGCCUACUUGGAGUUCCAAGUGUCAGCCGGUGGCCAGUUGGAUGUGGAUGUAACAUUAAAGAAUCCCAAGGGCGAUAUCAUUUAUGAGCAACAAAAGGCCACCUUCGAUAGCCAUCAAUUUGUAGCGGAUUUAGAUGGUGUUUAUCAGGCCUGCUUUAGCAAUAAAUUCUCCACAUUUUCACAUAAGUUCGUCUAUGUCGAUUUCCAAGUUGGCGAAGAACCCGCCCUACCCGGUGUUGAUGACCACGCAACAGUGCUAACCCAAAUGGAGACAUCCUCCCAAUCGAUACACAAAAGCCUUAAUGACAUCUUGGAUGCCCAGACACAUCAUCGUCUGCGUGAAGCCCAGGGCCGAAAACGUGCCGAGGAGCUGAAUGAACGUGUUAUGUGGUGGUCAUGUGCUGAGACCGCAGCCGUCUUGACCAUUGGUAUUGUACAGAUUUUGGUGCUACGUAACUUCUUCACGGAUCGUAAACCCAAUCAGCAACGUUAUAGCCGUUUGUAGGGUUAAAUUAGAACGACAUGCCAAUUAUUCUAAUUUUUUUAUUAGUUAAUCGAAAAGAAAUUUGUGUAUAGACAAAACAACAAGAGUACAUAAAAUUGAAGCCCCCUGCCCAAUUCCUCAUCCUCCUAUCCCUCGACUUUUAUUAUUAUUAUAUUAUUACCCUCACACAAAAAUUACUACAAAGGUUUAUGUUCUCUUAAAGUACACAAGCAAAAUGAAGCCUCAUCAAUUCCUCAGUUAAUGUGUAAUUUUAGUUGUAAUUAUAAUUUUUGUGUCUUUAUUAAAGAAAAAAAUCAUUCGAUCCACUAAAA